AUGCGUGAACCUUCAGGUGGUGGAUUCAAUGAGCAGCACGAGAUCCUGUCGGAUGGAUCGUUUAUCAGCCCCUUUGACAUCUUGGGCGCCAGCAAUAAGAAGCUGCAAGACCUCUUCUCUAGCUGCAUGCACGAACCUUUCAUCCUCAAGGCCGGUCGUAAGCCCCUCGUCGACGAGGUCUAA